CAGUAGUGGCCAGUGAUCGUCAGCAUUUCAAUUGGUCAUCAUCGUUUAGGUUAGAGAAGUUAUUUAAACUGCUCAGGACAGCUAAAAAAUGCCGAGUCAAGAAGUUGUUACUACAAAAGUAGUAGUCCAUCCUUUAGUUUUAUUAAGUGUGGUGGAUCAUUUUAAUCGUAUGGGAAAAAUUGGAAAUCAGAAAAGAGUGGUUGGUGUUCUUCUUGGUUGUUGGAGAGCUAAAGGUGUCUUAGAUGUGUCAAACAGUUUUGCAGUACCUUUCGACGAAGAUGAUAAGGAUAAAAGUGUAUGGUUCCUUGACCACGAUUAUCUUGAAAACAUGUAUGGAAUGUUUAAAAAAGUAAAUGCUCGAGAAAAAGUAGUAGGUUGGUAUCACACAGGACCUAAACUACAUCAAAAUGAUGUUGCAAUCAAUGAACUGAUCAGAAGAUACUGCCCGAAUUCUGUAUUAGUUAUUAUAGAUGCUAAACCAAAAGAUUUAGGUCUUCCUACUGAAGCAUAUCAAGCAAUAGAAGAAGUACAUGAUGAUGGUUCACCAACAUCUAAAACAUUUGAGCAUAUACCUAGUGAAAUUGGUGCUGAAGAAGCCGAAGAAGUUGGAGUAGAGCAUUUAUUACGUGAUAUUAAGGAUACAACAGUUGGUACACUUAGUCAACGUAUCACAAAUCAACUUCUUGGGUUGAAGGGUCUUCAUGAGCAGAUAAGAGAAAUUAGGGAUUAUUUAUUACAAGUUGGUAAUGGUAAAUUACCAAUAAAUCAUCAAAUUGUUUACCAAUUACAAGAUAUAUUUAAUUUACUACCAGAUAUGACACAGAGUACUUUUGUGGAUUCAUUAUAUGUUAAAACAAACGAUCAAAUGUUGGUAGUAUAUUUAGCAGCACUUGUCAGAUCUAUAGUCGCCCUUCAUAAUUUGAUUAAUAAUAAGUUGACCAAUCGUGAUGCAGAAAAGAAAGAAAUGGACAAGAAAGAUGCUAAAAAAGAUGAGAAAAAAGAAGAAGAUAAAAAAGAUGAAAAAGAAAAAGGAAAAACUAAAAGUCAAUGAAUAAGAAAUGUUAUAUCUCCAUAAAGAGAAAAAUCCGUUAAAAUCAUUAAAGCUAAGAAUAAUUAUUAGUUUCGCAUAUGUAAAUAGCGAUGCUUGUUUAUAAUUUCUACAUAAUGAAUUUGUGUUUUGCAAAAAAUCAACAGAAAUGAACUAUUAGAUUAUUAUAGAAUGGUGCAGUUAACCAUUUUCAGGCUUUCGAAAUCAUCAUAAUUGCGUAUUAAUUAUAUCAAAUAAAAAUAUAUAGGUUCUCUUGUAAAUGCCACAUAAACCUUGUUAUUACAAUUUCAAUGUAGUACGUGACGUUAUAUGAAAUGAAGUGGUCUAUAGAAAAUGUGGAAAUGAAGACUAAUUAUAGUUGAUACAUGAUUCACUCAUACAUAAUUAUAUGCUGUUUUCUUCCAGUUGAAAAAUGGUCAUAUUAGAAAAUUAAUUAUAUGAAUUACUUGAUUAUACAGAAACAGAAUUUUUCUAUGAAAUCAUCUAAAAUGGAUUUAUCAAAUGAUUAUAAAUACUUUAUAAACAUCAUAGAGACACUGUAUUUUGUAGGAAAUGCAAUUUUUUACUUAAAAUAUUGGAGUCUGAAUAAAAUUUAAAAAAAAAGGAAAAAGGAAAGAUCUUACGUAUGUACUGACCUAUUAUUAUUCAAUAUGCUCUCAUAUAUUUAUUAUUUUUUAAUGCUCAAUUAUUGACAUUAAAUGAUUUUUGGAAAUUUAAAUUAAAUUUACAUUAAAUUUUACAUUUAAAGAUGAAAUCAACGAAUUUUAUUUUUAUACGUCCCACUCGAGAUAUGUAAACAAUAAUUAAUAAGAGUAAAUAAAAAUAAAUAGAAACGAGAGUACUUCGAUGUAUACUCCUCAGUGUACGAAAGAAAACUAACGUGAUAACUCGCUCGGUCAAUGUAAUAUAUCCCUUCUUGUAGAUAUUCGAAGUAUUCAAUUGAAUUUAAUUUAUAUCAAUUGUGUCUAAUCAUCUUCGUAAUGUUUUUAUAUAUUCUGUUUAAAUAUUAGUUUAUUGUAUUCCGUGUACAUUAGAGUUUGUUUACAUAUUUAGAGAAUUAUGAAAAUUACAAAUUAUUAAAAUUUGUCCGCAUUGAAAGAUUUCGAUAUGUCUUUGUCGAAAACUAUCAAAAUCUACGAAAAAUUCGUUUUUGUUAAUAUUAGUAAAAAUAUUGAAAACAAUGUUUACACGUCAAAUGAGUCCAGAUAUAAUACUUGUCCGAUUUUGAUAAACAAUCUCGUUUUAAAGACGAAGGUUUAAGCGAGGAUAUGACUUUCUUCGAAUUUAUGAAUGUUUUUUUCAAAAAAUAUAAAGCUUCUUCAAAAAUUCGAAAAAGCUGUAUCAUCGUUUAAACUUUCAUCUUUAAAAUAAGACUAUUCAUCAAAAUCGACUGUACUUACUGUUGACGUAAACCGUUAUGAAACAAGGGAUGAUGAACGGCCUUAAAUAUAAUUUUAUGCAAUAAUAUCUUUUCAUAUUUUUACAUUCUUUUAUAUUUUCUAUUUUUUUUUCACAUCUUUAACAGAUGUUAAAAAAAUAAAAAAGAGUAUUAUUUUCAAAUUAGAUUAUAUAUAUAACGAAACAGAAUUGAAGUAAUAACAAAGAUCGACAAGUAGUUACUUUAACACUAUCGCUAUAAACUGUUCCAAUAAAAGGUUCUAAAUUAGUGUCAUUGUAAUGUUGAAAGUACCAAUUAAAACGAUUAUCUUCAAUUAUUUUAACAUUA